AUGUCACUUUACAUUGGUCGUGAGGCUUCCAAGAUAUGGAAGAGAGUUUGUGCAGAGACAACCACAGAAAUCAACCUUCUUGUGGAGAAUUGGAAGUAUCUUCUCGCUGGUUUAGUUUUUCAGUAUAUUCAUGGUUUGGCUGCAAGAGGAGUUCAUUAUUUACAUAGGCCUGGCCCUACAUUACAGGAUCUUGGAUUCUUCCUUCUUCCGGAGCUUGGCCAAGAAAGAGCUUACAUUAGUGAAUCUUUGUUUACAAUUAUCUUUUUAUCGUUUUUCCUUUGGACUUUCCAUCCUUUCAUAUUCAAGACCAAAAAGAUCUACACAGUUCUAAUAUGGUGCAGGGUUCUAUCUUUCUUAGUUGCUGCUCAAGCUCUUCGCAUAGUGACGUUUUAUUCCACGCAACUUCCUGGUCCAAACUACCAUUGCCGCGAGGGAUCUCCACUAGCAACGUUGCCUCGUCCGAAAAGCGUGGCUGAAGUGCUCUUGAUUAAUUUUCCUCAUGGCGUGAUAUAUGGAUGUGGUGAUUUGAUAUUUUCAUCACACAUGAUCUUUACUUUAGUCUUUGUUAACACAUACCAGAGAUAUGGCACGAAAAGGUGCGUAAAGCAAAUAGGAUGGGCUCUUACCAUCAUUCAGAGCUUUUUGAUAGUAGCAUCUCGCAAACAUUAUACAGUUGACGUAGUUGUUGCCUGGUAUACUGUUAAUUUGGUGGUGUUUUUUAUUGAGAAGAAAUUACAAGAAAUGCCAGACAGGACAGCUGCAACACUGUUGCUACCAUUAAGCACCAAAGACAACAAAGAUGGCAGAAACAAAGAAGAGAAUCACAAGUUGUUAAAUGGGAAUUCUGUUGACCCUUCAGAUUGGAGACAGAGAACUCAAGCAAAUGGCAAGAUUCUGGAAGAUGGUCAUGCACACCAUGCUGACUCUGCAAAGAAUGGUGCAUAG